ACAACGUUGUCAUUUAGAAGGUAAAGAGUUAGACAUAUAACAUUUCAAAAGCUUUUAGAAGAUUAAAGUUUUGAAGAAAACGGUAUGAAGAUUAAUUAUUAGAAAUAUUAAACUUAGAAACGUUCCGGUCCUCUUCACCGGUUGGCUAGGGCUGGUCAAGCGCCGCCCACCAGCGCUACAAUGAGUCUGAGAAACACCUGAGAUCAGAGGGACUCUGUACCUGGGAGCGGGAGCGCGCUGCGGACCGCGAACUGAAGGGGAAUGUAGAGUCAUUUACCGAAAUCAACAACAGCCUGAGACAGGACAGAAUGUUUACGACUAAGAGUCUGCAGCUAUGGAUACAGUUUUAUUAAUCACACUGUGUUUGCUGUGGACGACAACAACAGCGUCAGCAGUCGAGGGACCGCCUGAGCCUCGUAAUGUCCACUUCUACUCAGAGAACCUGAGGAACAUUGUGAGAUGGACGCCAGGAGAAGGAUCUCCCAGUGACACCGUCUACACUGUGGAAUACGCCAUUUACGGCGACGAGGAGGAGAACAGCACUGCGCAGGUGAGAUGGAGCCGUGUGAAGCACUGCACCUCAAUCGCACAGAACGAAUGUGACGUGUCUCAGGAGACCUUUAGCCUGGAGGAUGACUACUACGCCAGAGUCCGGGCCGUCAGCGCAAACGCACAGUCCGUCUGGACCGAGAGCAAGACCCGCUUCAGCCCGGAGUUUGACACGAUUCUCGGCGCGCCGCUGGUGGAGCUGACAGUGCUGCAGAAUUACGUAAACGUCAUAAUAAAGGGGCCCUUCAGGUGGAGAACAAAGAAGGUACAGAAAGACACUAUGGAAGAUCUAUGUAAUAUCUUCCCACACAUGAUCUACAGCGUCUCUGUGUUCAGCAGCAGGAGCGAUCACACGAAGUACAUGCGUCUUAAAAAUGGGAACCUGACGCUGGGCCCUGUGGACUUUUCCACACAGAUCUGUGUGGUGGUUCAGGCCCAGUCGGAGACUCACCCUCUGGCCUACAAACCCAGCGAACGCGUGUGCGUGGAGACACCCAAAGAUCCGUUCAGAGAUCAGCUGUUGGCUGCCAUGCUGGGUGGCGUGCUGCCGUCUGCUCUCUGUCUGUGUGUUCUGACUGUGCUCGGGGGUCUCAUCCACUGCUACAUCACCGACCACAGACAGAAACUACCCAAGAGCGUGCAAGUGGAGGAGAUGAGUGAAAAGCUUCACACUCUCCUACCUCAAAUGCCUCCAACAGUCAUCGUUAACAUGAUCAAGAUCGGAAAAGAAUCCGCACUGCUCGGUCCGGCGGCUCUGCCACAGCUGAUGUCCUGUGACGACUUGACAGCGUCUGAUGUACAGGCUCAGCUUAUGAACACUGAUCCUCAGCCGGCGGCGUGUUACGCGCAGCAGGUCGCUCCGCCGGCGGCAUCCGCUCCUCCCUUAGCUGACCUGCAGGACGAAGACUCGCUGAGUGUGGACUCUGAGCUGCAGCCGUGGCCGCAGGAGCCGCAGCACAUCGAGGCUGGAGAUUACGGGAUCGUGGUGCCGGCUAGUUUUGAACCUCCGGUGCGGCGUGAGGCCGAGAGCAGCCCGUACAGGACACAGGGACACACAGUACAGCCUGUGGAUGCCUGUGAGGAUGAGCUGGAUGACGAAGACCAAACACAGAUAUUUUUGGACUGGAGCCCAGAGACUCGAGAACUGAAAAUCCCUCUGAUGGGCUUGUUAGGGCGAGAGGAUGAAGCACAGGUACAGACUGAAGCGGUCACACUGCUGCCCAACGUCAUCCUCAGACAGAGCUCGGAGGACAGCGGCGAGUCGGAGGAUGACUUCACCAAGAUGGAGCGAGACUGGGGCCUUAUCAUCCACUCCAGCCCAGAUUAAACACAACACGCUCAGGAAUAAUGAAAGACUCCAGACACAACAUGAAGAUCAUAUACACUUGCUAUUUAUCAUAUCCAUGGUGUUCAGUUUUGAGGUCUACAAAUGAGACGACAUAAUGAAGGAUUUUUUUACUUUGUUUUCUGCUUUGAAUGUGAACAGACUGAACAAAGUUCAGUUCUUCAGCUCCUGUAUUAAAUUACAUUUAAUCACGGCCAACACUUUGCUCCAAAAGCCUCAGGCGUACACAACCUGGAAGCUGCUCAAGGGAAAUAAAAUUGGGAAAUUUGCUUCAUGAGAACUGGGUUCAGGAUUUUUGAGCCAAUCACUUGAGCUGUAGACGCCACGUAUCAGAAAACUCGUCAACAUUCAUUAUUCAGCUGUAAAAAAAAAGUCUAUUUCACACCAGAAAUGAUCUCUGAUAAAACAUCUCGGUAACACAUUAGUUUCCAUUUCUCAUUAUUAACUGGUUGCUUAUUAGCAUGGAUCUCACUAGCAUAUUGGCUGUUUAUGAUUACUUAUAAAGCACAUAAUGCCUUAUCAUAGCUUACAGUGAGAAUUUGACCUUGAAAUAAAGUGUGACCAGCAGUGUUGGGGGUAACGCAUUACAAGUAACGCGAGUUACAUAAUUAUAUUACUUUUUCAAGUAACUAGUAAAAUAACGCAUUACUUUUGAAUUUCUAAUAAAUAUCUGAGUUACUUUUUCAAAUAAGUAACACCAGUUACUUUUUUUCCCCAUUUAUUGAUUGACAAGUCUCCUGUGGGGAAACUGUGAGUAAACAUGACGUUACUGUAUUCUAGACUAAAUGUGAACAUCAUUAAUUGAUCUCACUCACAAAAAAUUGAUUCAGUAUUUCUCAAAAUGAAUAAAAAAUAAGAAUAUGACGCAACCCUGCAAUAAUUAAAUAUGUUAAAUAAAACAUAUAUAAUUUUAUUAACCAGUGUCUUUGCAGCUGACUUUUGAUGAUGCAAUUCAACCACACUAAUAAGCAAAAAUUACUUUAGAUAAACUAACAUUUGUGCUUCAUUUUUUAGCUGAAGAGUGAUCUCCUGCAUAAAUGUACUUUUCUUUCAGCCUGAGGUGAAUUCAUUUUUACAUGGUGUAAAAGGGCUUUUACAUUAGAAUUGUUUAAUAUUAAAAACAAAGAAGGAAGCCCUGGCCAGAUUUAAAAAGUAACACAAAAGUAACGUAACGCAUUACUUUCCAACAUAAUUAGUUACUUUUUCAGGGAGUAACGCAAAAUUGUAAUGCAUUACUUUUAAAAGUAACUUUCCCCAACACUGGUGACCAACAUCUAACACAAUGAAAAAUAAUAAUACAGUGAAAAAUGUGCGACUGUCAAACUCUUGAGCAGAAGACAGAUUUCAUUUGACAGAAAUGAAACAAGAGUUUGUUCUGUACUGUUGUGUACAUCAGUGAUUUUCUGAUGAAACAUUGCAAAUAUGUUAAAAAAGUGGAAAAAUAAACCAUUCUUUGUGAACAUUAGAAACAUAA